AGGGGGAUCAUGAAUUCUCCCCCCCGCCACCCCCAGGAUAAAGGGUCUGUUUUUCCUUAGAUUUUGGGUCUGUGUUUCAGAUUAACAGGGGGAGGCAAGGUUAUCUUUCUCUGUAGGUGUGGGAUCUUUCCAUCUUAGGGUUUGGGGUCUGCAUCUUUAGCAAAGAUUGCUCUGUCUGUCGUGUUUUUGAAUCAGGGGUCUCUCUCUUUCUCUCCCUUUCUCUCUCUGGGUCUCCCUGAGUAGGGGUGGGGGCUGCAGAGUCUCUCCCUCCUCCUCCUCCUGCUCUGUUCGCUCUCGCUCGCUCCCCCGCCCCCCCUCUCUCUCUCGGCUGCCGCUGCUGCCGUUGGCUCUUAUUCUCCUCCUCCUCCUCCUCUCUCCUCCUCUCUGCUUCUCUCUGCUCCUCUCUCCUCCUCUCUCCUCCUCCUCCUCCUCCACCUCCUCCUCCUUCUCCCCCUCUCUCUCCCCCUCUUUCUCUUCUCUUUCUCCCCCGUCCCCCCGCCCCCUCCCCCCCAGGCCUGAUGAGCAGGUCUCGCGCCUCCAUCCAUCGGGGGAGCAUCCCCGCGAUGUCCUAUGCCCCCUUCAGAGAUGUACGGGGACCCCCUAUGCACCGAACCCAAUACGUUCAUUCCCCAUAUGAUCGUCCUGGUUGGAACCCUCGGUUCUGCAUCAUCUCGGGGAACCAGCUGCUCAUGCUGGAUGAGGACGAGAUACACCCCCUUCUGAUCCGGGACCGGAGGAGCGAGUCCAGUCGCAACAAACUGCUGAGACGCACAGUCUCCGUGCCGGUGGAGGGGCGGCCCCACGGCGAGCAUGAAUACCACUUGGGUCGCUCGAGGAGGAAGAGUGUCCCAGGGGGGAAGCAGUACAGCAUGGAGGCCGCCCCCGCUGCGCCCUUCCGGCCCUCGCAAGGCUUCCUGAGCCGAAGGCUAAAAAGCUCUAUCAAACGCACGAAGUCACAACCCAAACUUGACCGGACCAGCAGCUUUCGCCAGAUCCUGCCUCGCUUCCGAAGUGCUGAUCAUGACCGGGCCCGGCUGAUGCAAAGCUUUAAGGAGUCACACUCCCAUGAGUCCUUGCUGAGUCCUAGCAGUGCAGCUGAGGCCUUGGAGCUCAACUUGGAUGAAGAUUCCAUUAUCAAGCCAGUGCACAGUUCCAUCCUGGGCCAGGAAUUCUGUUUUGAGGUAACAACGUCAUCGGGAACAAAAUGUUUUGCCUGUCGAUCUGCAGCCGAAAGGGACAAAUGGAUCGAGAAUCUACAGCGGGCAGUAAAACCCAACAAGGACAACAGCCGCCGAGUAGACAAUGUGCUGAAGCUGUGGAUCAUAGAGGCCCGGGAGCUGCCCCCCAAGAAGCGGUACUACUGCGAGCUCUGCCUAGAUGACAUGCUGUAUGCACGCACCACCUCCAAGCCCCGCUCUGCCUCAGGGGACACCGUCUUCUGGGGCGAGCACUUCGAGUUUAACAACCUGCCGGCUGUGCGUGCCCUGCGGCUGCAUCUGUACCGUGACUCAGACAAAAAGCGAAAGAAGGACAAAGCGGGCUAUGUUGGCCUGGUGACUGUACCAGUGGCCACCCUGGCUGGGCGCCACUUCACAGAGCAGUGGUACCCUGUAACCCUGCCAACAGGCAGUGGGGGUUCUGGGGGAAUGGGCUCAGGAGGAGGAGGGGGUUCAGGGGGUGGCUCAGGGGGCAAGGGCAAAGGAGGUUGCCCAGCUGUACGGCUGAAAGCACGUUACCAAACAAUGAGUAUCCUGCCCAUGGAGUUAUAUAAAGAGUUUGCAGAGUAUGUCACCAACCAUUAUCGGAUGCUGUGUGCGGUGUUAGAGCCCGCUCUGAAUGUCAAGGGCAAGGAGGAGGUUGCCAGUGCACUGGUUCACAUUCUGCAGAGUACAGGCAAGGCCAAGGACUUUCUUUCAGACAUGGCCAUGUCUGAGGUAGACCGGUUCAUGGAACGGGAGCACCUCAUAUUCCGCGAGAACACGCUCGCCACUAAAGCCAUAGAAGAGUAUAUGAGACUGAUUGGUCAGAAAUACCUCAAGGAUGCCAUUGGGGAAUUCAUCCGUGCUCUGUAUGAGUCUGAGGAGAACUGUGAGGUAGACCCCAUCAAGUGCACGGCAUCCAGUCUGGCUGAGCACCAGGCCAACCUGCGAAUGUGCUGUGAGUUGGCCCUGUGCAAGGUGGUCAACUCCCAUUGCGUGUUCCCGAGAGAGCUGAAGGAGGUGUUUGCAUCUUGGAGGCUUCGCUGUGCAGAGCGGGGCCGGGAGGACAUCGCUGACAGGCUUAUCAGCGCCUCACUCUUUCUCCGCUUCCUCUGCCCGGCAAUUAUGUCACCCAGUCUCUUUGGGCUCAUGCAAGAGUACCCAGAUGAGCAGACCUCACGAACCCUCACCCUCAUUGCCAAGGUCAUCCAGAACCUGGCCAACUUUUCCAAGUUUACCUCAAAGGAGGACUUUCUCGGCUUCAUGAAUGAGUUUCUGGAACUGGAGUGGGGUUCCAUGCAGCAAUUCCUAUAUGAGAUCUCCAACCUGGACACGCUAACCAACAGCAGUAGUUUUGAGGGUUACAUCGACUUGGGCCGAGAGCUCUCCACGCUGCAUGCCCUGCUCUGGGAGGUGCUGCCCCAGCUCAGCAAGGAAGCCCUCCUGAAGCUGGGUCCACUGCCCCGGCUCCUCAAUGACAUCAGCACAGCUCUGAGGAACCCCAACAUCCAAAGGCAGCCAAGCCGCCAGAGCGAGCGGCCCCGGCCCCAGCCUGUGGUGCUGCGGGGGCCGUCGGCUGAGAUGCAGGGCUACAUGAUGCGGGACCUCAACAGCUCCAUCGACCUUCAGUCCUUCAUGGCUCGAGGCCUCAACAGCUCUAUGGACAUGGCUCGUCUCCCUUCCCCAACCAAGGAAAAGCCUCCCCCACCACCACCUGGUGGGGGUAAAGACCUUUUUUAUGUAAGCCGUCCACCUCUGGCCCGUUCCUCACCAGCAUACUGCACGAGCAGCUCAGACAUCACAGAGCCAGAGCAGAAGAUGCUGAGUGUCAACAAGAGUGUGUCCAUGCUGGAUCUACAGGGUGACGGGCCUGGUGGCCGCCUCAACAGCAGUAGUGUUUCUAAUCUGGCAGCUGUAGGGGACCUGCUGCACUCAAGCCAGGCAUCAUUGACAGCAGCUUUGGGGCUGCGGCCUGCGCCUGCUGGUCGCCUCUCCCAGGGGAGUGGGUCCUCCAUCACAGCAGCUGGCAUGCGUCUCAGCCAGAUGGGUGUCACCACGGACAGUGUCCCUGCCCAGCAACUGCGCAUCCCCCUCUCCUUCCAGAACCCUCUCUUCCACAUGGCUGCUGAUGGACCAGGGCCCCCAGGGGGCCAUGGAGGGGGCGGUGGCCAUGGUCCACCUUCAUCCCACCACCACCACCACCAUCAUCACCACCACCGAGGUGGAGAGCCCCCUGGGGACACCUUUGCCCCAUUCCAUGGUUAUAGUAAGAGUGAGGACCUCUCUUCAGGGGUCCCCAAGCCCCCUGCUGCUUCCAUCCUCCACAGUCACAGCUACAGUGAUGAGUUUGGACCCUCUGGCACUGACUUCACCCGUCGGCAGCUCUCACUCCAGGACAACCUGCAGCACAUGCUAUCCCCACCCCAAAUUACCAUUGGUCCCCAGAGGCCAGCCCCCUCAGGGCCUGGAGGUGGGAGUGGUGGGGGCAGCGGUGGUGGUGGCGGUGGGGGCCAGCCGCCUCCUUUGCAGAGAGGCAAGUCUCAGCAGUUGACAGUCAGCGCUGCCCAGAAACCCCGGCCAUCCAGCGGGAAUCUUUUACAGUCCCCGGAGCCGAGUUAUGGCCCUGCCCGUCCUCGGCAACAGAGCCUCAGCAAGGAGGGCAGUAUUGGGGGCAGCGGGGGCAGCGGUGGCGGAGGGGGUGGGGGGCUCAAGCCCUCCAUCACCAAGCAGCAUUCUCAGACACCAUCUACACUGAACCCCACGAUGCCAGCCUCUGAGCGGACAGUGGCUUGGGUCUCCAAUAUGCCUCACCUGUCAGCUGACAUCGAGAGCGCCCACAUUGAGCGGGAAGAGUACAAGCUCAAGGAGUACUCAAAGUCCAUGGAUGAGAGCCGGCUGGAUAGGGUGAAGGAGUACGAGGAAGAGAUUCACUCACUGAAGGAGCGGCUGCACAUGUCCAACCGGAAGCUGGAAGAAUAUGAGCGGAGAUUACUGUCCCAGGAAGAACAGACCAGCAAAAUCCUGAUGCAGUAUCAGGCCAGACUGGAGCAGAGCGAAAAGAGGCUAAGGCAGCAGCAAGUGGAGAAGGACUCGCAGAUCAAGAGCAUCAUUGGCAGCCCGUCCCUUCAGGCUGAUGCUGGUGGAGGAGGAGCUGCGCCGGGACCACCCCGCCAUGGCUGAGCCGCUGCCUGAACCCAAGAAGAGGCUGCUCGACGCUCAGCUCCUCAUCAGGUAAUUCUCCUGGUUCCGCUUUGGCCACGGGCGGAAGACACAGGGGGAGGUGACUCCGGACCACUGCAGGUUGGUCAUAAAGCCCACUCCCUUCCAACUCUCCUAUGGAGCCUCUCCCCCUACACCCAGAGAACCUCCACAGAUCCUACCCCUAAUACCUCCCUCACAGACUCAUGUCCAAAGGCACCAUCCAAAGAGAGCACUUACUGCUGCCUCCCAGAACUGUUCAGUGAUACCUUAGCAACACCAAGAGUUUUAUCUAGACAGGCCCAGCAUAUUCACAGGUUCCUACCCCUUUCUCUACAAAACCUCUAAACUUCCCUCUGGACUCUAAACACUCUUCUACCUCUACCUCUCCAGUGUAUGUCUGUCACCCCCCAUUUCACCAGAGCGUCCUUGAGGGUUGGGAAAUUGGGAAUGGGUUUUGUUAAUGGGAGGUGGCGAUGGGUUGGGGAACCCUGGCUAUAGGGGCUGUGCUGACUGCAGCAGGUAGGUUGGGGUUUCCUCUUCUUUCCCUAACCUUAGUUCUUUACCCUCCUUCCCACUCCUUGCCUUUUUCUCUCUUCCUCCUCCUUUACAUUUGAGAGGUAGAAGGCAUCCUGGGGUUCAUAUUAGCCCCAAAUGGGCAGGGAUUAGGAGUAUGUCACUAAGUCGAGACUUUGGGGUACCCUGGAAAAAAAUGCUGUUGAGAUUUUCCCACAAUAGGCAGGAUGGGUGGAACAAAGAGAAGGAGCAUGAAAGGAACCUUGGACAGAUGUUAGGACUUGGACUUACCCUUAUGACCUGGGAGUGAGAAGUAGGAAGAGAUGUCUUCCUAGACCAUAUCAGAGGCUGAGUUCAAUGUUGAUUCCCAGGCAGAGAUGCCAGGAACAGCAUGCUAAAUAAACCUCUCUCUAUUGCUAAAGCCACUCACUCCCCCUCUCCUGCCACCCAGUGGCCUUACCAGACAUAAUCCUAAAAAGCUAGUAAAUGAGAACCUGGAAGCCACAGACAUCAUUUCCAAGAUGUUUUGUUUCCUUUGGGAUUGAUCUGCAGUGGGCAGUGGUUCCUCGUACUGUAAAAUUAAAGUCUGCCUGCUCAGCCUCUCUUUCAAAGUAGUUAGUGAUCUGUAAAUAGAUGCUAAAAGGCACCAGGGGACCUCACCAUUUAAAGGACUCCUGCAGUGAAUUCUUUUGUAAAAUGAAUAAUGGUACCCUAAUUUAUCUACUUUCUAAAUUUGGGUCCCUGGGGGUGUAAGGGGCAUGCCUGUAUGCUGUUGCCAGUAGACAAGCAGAGAGAAGGGAAUCCGGGGUUCCUUCCUCUGCUGUACUCAGGAUACCCUACCAUUCGAAAUUGCCUCUCACUGACUUGCAAAAAGUUAUGUGAUACCCAGCAAGCAGCUUUGCUUAAGGCUGAGGUUUAGGUGACCCGAGCUAUCCUGGGAUAGAAGGGAAUGCAGAUCUGGCAGUCCUUACUUAGAACGUUUUUAUAUCCUUUGGAGAUGUCAGACAUAGCCACAUUCCCAGAUCUAAAGGCCCUGUAGCCUAGGAAAUAAUUUGGACAUUUGUUCUAAACUGGGUAUUAGUCCUCCUGCAACUCAGCCAUUAAUUUAUAAAUUAGUUUUGAGCCUAAGUGUUUUGUUUUGUUUUUUUUCCCAAGACAGAAUCUCACCUGUUGCCCCAGCCUAGAGUGCCAUGGCAUCAGCCUAGCUCACAGCAGCCUCAAACUACUGGGCUUAAGGGAUCCUCCUGUCUCAGCCUCCCAAGUAACUGGGACUAUAGGCAUUGUCACAACACCCAACUAAUUUUUUCUAUUUUUAGUAGAGAUGGGGAUCUCGCUCUUGUUCAGACUGGUUUUGAACUCCUGACCUCAAGUGAUCCUCCUGACUGGGCCUCUCAAGAGCUAGGAUUAUAGGCAUGAGCCACUGUGCCUGGCCUGAGCUUAAAUUUUGAAAAUCCAACUGAGUGACCAGAAGUGGAGGGGAGUUCGGGUAACUUUCUUUUUUUUCUAGCAGAGGAAUAGAAGGUAGGGCUAGGACAGGAACCAGCAGUUGGUCCAGGAGUAGCAGUAGGAGAUCAUGAGAGUAGGACCAUGGGUGGGAGUAGGGUCUGGUACCCCUCACCUUCUAACUGGGCACCCAGGGAGAGGGGACCGAAAGGAAGGCAGAGGUGGAAGAGAAUAAAGCCAGUUUCUGCUUCCCGGAGGUGCAGAGAUUAGGGCAUGCUGUGUCUGCAGAAGCUCCUAUUCAUUUCUACCAUAAGUGUGAGAGAGAGGCAGCCCUCCCACAAGAUUUUUCCUUUCCCACAUCACUUCCCUGAAUCCCCUUCCUUUCCCCCCAGUACAGUUAAACCUCUCUAAUUUGGAAUGUUAUAUUUGAGAAGAUGGCCACUGUGAAUAAGUGACAAAACUGAAUGACAGUGUCUAUUUAAUGAAAUGCAUGUCUUCAAAAUAUAUACAGUAAGUAGAACUCAAUGAACAACAUUUUUUCCACUCAGGUCCUCAGGGAGCAUGCAUUAAUGAAUAGAUAGGAUUGAAAAGUCUGUUUUCUGGUAUAGGUUAAAUAUCCCCUCCUACAGACACAUUUCCACCACUAAUUUGCUUAGCACACCCUUUCUUCACAGAUAAAGGAAAACUCAAGCCCAGUUUUUGUUCAAAUUAUGAAAAAGUUCCAAAUCCACAGGGGUUUGGAUUAAUGAGGUUUUGCUGUACUGCCUGCCCUUGUUC